GCCUGCAACGUGACCAAGACCUUUCCGGACGCGCAGACGACGUUCACCGACAUGACGCUGGUGGGCGACGUCCGCAGCUACACGGCGCCGACGCUGACGCUCCAGAGCGUCGCGGCCACGACCCUCGACCUCAGCAGCAUGCAGCUCUCGCCGUCCAUUCGCACCUUGUAG